AAGUUGUGUGAUCUUUGUAUCACGGUUCAUUGUUAGAGGUGCAGAUUUUGAAUAGCUAUUUUAAGUGGUCACGGUAAGUAAAUUCAAUUUAAUGUUUUUUCCCCUGCAAAAUGACCGCUGUUCUGGAUAGCCUUGGCUCGGAUAUGCAUACAAACCAUAUUACCUCGAGCAGCUUCAGCACCGUUCACAAGUCGCAGGAUUCCCCAACAUUGCCGGUGUCAACUGUGACCGACAGCAGCUUCUACAGUAGUUCACAGACAGGUCACUGCGCGGGGACAGCGUACGCACAGAUGGCAUCUUAUUCCUAUCAUCCUGGUACAUUGGGUAAUGUUCACUACAGCCCAAAGGCUUACGAUUUAGGCUAUGCUUCUUCCUAUGGCGCUUACGGAACGUAUGGACCCAGUUCUUCACCAACACCAACCGAACCAGAGAAAGAACAGAGUGAACCGGAGGUGCGCAUGGUGAAUGGAAAGCCAAAGAAAGUCCGGAAACCGCGAACCAUCUACUCCAGUUUUCAGCUGGCGGCUCUCCAGCGCCGAUUCCAGAAGACCCAGUAUCUCGCGCUCCCAGAACGCGCCGAACUGGCGGCUUCUAUGGGCCUCACACAGACCCAGGUGAAGAUAUGGUUUCAGAACCGACGCUCAAAAUUCAAAAAGUUGUGGAAAAACGGCGAGAUUCCACCAGACCAGCAGGUUGCCGCCGGUGACUCUCCCUCUAGCACUCCUCCACCACAAGCAGGUUGGGAUUUCCCACCGAACCAGACACCGAACGACGGGGACACAGUUUCGGAACAGCCCACAGGACCACCAAACACCACCGCCUCAUCGUUUUUGACUAACUAUUCAUGGUACUCAUCCACCAAUACGGUCCCACAUCUACAGCCCAGUACCCUAAUACAAUCUCAUCACAGCUCUGCAAUGAGUGCUGGGACCAUAUUCUAAAAGAGGACUAAAAAUGGCCGAAUACACCUGUUGUAGGCCUAUAUAAUAGGC